AUGCUUUCUCGAAGUUUUUCUGUACUGAAAACACGGAAUGUGGUCCGUGCUCUGUCGACCUCUCUCAAGAGCUAUCCAAUCAAUGGCUUUUUUGAUGCCAAGAGCUAUGCUAUUAUUGGUGCUAGCGAAAAGCAAGGAAGUCUUGGAUACAUUAUUUCUGAUAACUUUUAUCACAAGUUCCAAGGAAAAACCUAUUUUGUGAAUCCUAAAGGUGGAAAGCUGUUUGACCAGCCGAUUUACAAGUCUGCCUCCGAGAUUCCUGACACCAUCGAAGGAGUCGUCAUUUCGAUCUCUGCAAAGUUUACUGUGGACGCGCUGAAGCAGUGUCUUGAGCGCGGAGCCAAGUGGGUCACCAUUGUUCCUGGAGGUUUCCGUGAGACCGGUACGAAGGAGGGAAUCGAAGCAGAAAAGGAGAUUGUGCGUCUGGCGAAUGAGUACAAGUGCCGUAUCAUCGGACCGAACUGCAUGGGAGUCUACGAUCCUCGCAACGUGGACACGAUGUUUAUCGGCGACCGCGGUCUUUCCAAGCCCAAACUGGGUCCUGUCGGUUUGUUCUCGCAGAGCGGCGCGCUGGGCACUGCCCUGCUGAACGAGCUGUCCGGCGCGACGCAAGAGCCCUGGAUCUCUCGCUUCAUUUCGUUCGGCAACGCGUGCGAUGUGGACGAGAAGGACUGCAUCGACUACUACGAGCAAGAUCCCUCCGUGAAGCAGAUCUGGGCCUACAUGGAAGGCUUCCACAACGCUCCCGAGUUUAUCCGCAGCGUGAAGCGCAUUUCCCAGAAGAAGCCGGUCAUGGUGCUCAAAGCCAACCGUGGAAACAGCGGCGCCAAGGCCUCCGCGUCGCACAGCGCGUCCCUCGCCGCGAACGACGCCGUCUGCGACCAGCUUCUCCGCAACGCCGGCGCGAUUCGCUGCGACGUCUGGGCGGAUCUCCACAACAUCGGCACGGUGCUUCGCAACCAGCCGCUCCCCAAAGGCCGGCGCGUUGCAGUGGUGACGGACGCGGGCGGUUUCGGCGUGCUGCUCGCGGAUUCGGUGGACACGUACAAGAUGAACCUGACGGACUUCUCUCCGGAGACGAUCAAGAAGUUCCGCGCGACGUUCCCUCCGUUCUACGCGUGCUCGAACCCGAUGGAUCUCACGGGCUCCGUCAAGACGCACGAGUUCAUCGAGGCCGCCAAGCUCGCGCUGGACGACCCCAACGUGGACUCGGUCAUCUUCGCGUACCAGCCCGGCGCGCCCGGCCUGGAGCUCCCGCUGGAGAUGGCGAAGACGAUCGAGAAGAACUUCGGUCCGGGGAAGACCAAGAAGCCGUUCAUCGUGCUGGAGUUCGGCGGGAAAUACCCGGACGACGAUGUGAUUCGCGACUAUCUGAAGCAGGUCGGCAUGUCGGUCUAUGACGGGCCGGAGGAGGGAAUGCGCGUGCUGGCGAAGCUCGCGGAUUACAGCGAGUAUCUGCAGCGCAUGGGAGCGGUCAAGAGCGAGACGCACCCGAAGAUCGACGCGCAGCUGAUCAACGGAUAUGUGAACAAGGUGGCGAGCAAGGGGCGCUACACGCUCACGGAGAUCGAGGGCUACGACAUUCUGUCGGCGUGCGGCAUUCGAACCCCCGAUUACAAGCUGGUGACCGCCGGAAACGACGCUGCGGACUUCCUGAGCAAGGCGAAGACGGACGCGAAGGACAAGUUCGUGGCGAAGAUCGUGUCCCCGGAUAUCAUUCAUAAGAGCGACGUGGGCGGCGUGAAGCUGGGUCUGACGACGCCGGAAGAGGCCUGCGCGGUGGUGAACGAGCUGAACGCGAAGUUCAGCAAGCAGGGCAUCGACUAUCACGGCGUGAUGCUGUACAAGAUGGUCCCGUUCGGAACGGAGAUGAUGAUCGGAGCCAACCGCGACGCGACGUUCGGCCCGAUCACGGUGUCUGGAUUGGGCGGCGUGCUGGUGGAGGUGCUGAAGGACGUGGUGUUCAACAUGUGUCCGGUGAGCGUGGAGGAGGCACAGAUGUCGCUGGAUAAUUUGAAGACGCAGAAGAUGCUGAAUGGCUUCCGAGGACAGCCCGCGCUGAAUCGGGCGAAGUUCGCGGAGUACAUCGCGAUCGUGUCGGAGAUUAUGACGCAGUGCGAGCAGAUUAAGGAGAUUGAUAUCAACCCGCUGAUUCAGCUGCACGAUGGAUCGCUCACGGCUGUUGAUUCUGUGUUCACUUUAAAGAAGAAUUAAAACGUCAGUUCAUUGAAA